CAACGAGAACAAGGGUCGAAGGCGGUUGGUGUGUGUGUGUGACUGUGUGAAGACUCUGGCGGAGACGAGGGGAAGCUUAUAAGCUCCCAAAAUAAUAAAAGGAAAUAAACCCCGAGAAUUAACGGACAAAAGGGUUUCGUUUUAAUGGCGUUAAUUUCUUCGUCAGUUUGUCUAUCUUCAUGUGCUCCGACGAGUUUGCCGCCGUUGCAAAGCCGGGAGAGCUGCUCGUCGUCGAUCGUAAACCGCCAACCACAUGUCGUCUGUUCCUUUCUGCCGCCGCCGCCGCCGCCGUCUUCUUCUAGUAAUUCAAUAAAUGGUCUUCUAAGGCUGCAAAGUCGGCGGAAAGCUCUGCAGAUAGUCCGAAUGGCUCCAGAGGAAGAGAAGAUGACUCGCCGUUCUCCUCUCGAUUUCCCAAUUGAGUGGGAAAGGCCAAAACCAGGAAGGAGGCCAGACAUCUUUCCCCAAUUCAGUCCCAUGAAAACUCCAUUGCCACCUCCUCUACCAGCUGAUCCUCCCGAAGAAGAUGAGGAGGAAGAUGAAGAAAAGAAAGAGGAAGAGGAGGAAGACCCCGAAAAAGAGGAAGAUCCAGAGAAGCCUGAUCAGUAGGGUGGAGUGACUGAGAGCUUGCUAUGUUUAGUUUGUGGAACAUUGGAAGAGCAUGCUUUUUCUUCAGGUUUGACAAUAUUGGCAUAAUCUCCCAUGGUUUUUAUGUCAAAGGAUGUCUAUGAGCAGCUGUAGUAUAUUGCCUCCUUGAGAGUCAUAAGAAUUUACCAUAUAUUAGAAGAUAGGCAAUUUAUAUCUUCUUGUGUUGACACUGCGUUUUGUAUGCCACUGGCAGUUGUAGCCCAGUUUUCAGCGUGGUGGAUGAGUUAUAAUGAAAUCUUGAAGCUAAUUUUGUUUUACAUGUAUGUUGUGUCAUUCACAAUGAGUGCUAAGUUAUAAUGAAAUCUUGAAGCUAAUUUUGUUUUACAUGUAUGUUGUGUCAUUCACAAUGAAUGCGAGAUUGCGCCGUCUUCUGAGGAUGCACAUAUGAACACCUCCCUCCCCCGUUUAUAACUGUGUAAGUGUGCCUGGUUUUUUAUGUGCAAAAAGGUUCAGGCGAUGAAGAUGACACGAAAACACAGAUAGAGACGAUAAAGCAUAAAGGCACUGAAUGCACUUCUGUAGAAAGUAUAAGGGGUGACUUAUGUAGCCAGGGUCCAAGGAUGUUUAUAACUUGGCACUUCUGGUGUAUAUGUUGGAUAGUGUUUGUAGAUAGUGUUUGCCAAUGCAAACAUGAUUGGCUGUGAAGUUUUAACAUAGAGCAGAGCAAUACAUACACAAAGCAAUGACAUUUGAAUAGAAAGAUACUUCACAUUAUCAUGACUCAAAAUCAUUGACGGCACGUCAAAAGCAAAGAAUUUCCCACUUCUCAGAUCAUCCCCCGGUUGAGGGCAAUCAAGCAUUAGCAUACUUCUUCAUUAAUCAAACUGAUACAUCGUCGAAAGCAGAAAAAAAACAAAUGCAAAACCAACACAGCAGAUAGAAUGCUAACAAAGGCGAAAGACUGGCAUGAUUCUUGAUCUCACCCAGUUUUACACGAAAUAUAGUUAGAACAAUAGUAGUCAAUUAGCAACCACUAGUAGCAAUACAGAUGAUAAGUCUUGAGUAGAAAGAGUGAAACACGCAUAGAUAAGAUUUAUUUCUAAAGAUAACUAGUUCACUUCUUUCCGCUCUUCUUCAGUCCAGCGCCUCCAAUGGAUCCUUUAGCCGCCUUAGCCUUGAGCUCUUUCAGGGCCUGCCAAACACAAUAAAACAUGAGAAAAGGGCUCACUAGAACUAAAAACCCGAAGACACCAAGAAAGCAAAAAAGGCGUAAGUUAGAAGGCUUAAAAGAAAAAAUGAAUCCACCUUUUCCUCCUCUUUCUUCUUUGCAAGAAAGGCCUUAUCAUUCUGCAAAUCAGUAGAGAAAAUAACGAAUCAUUCUCCAACAAAGGUCAAGAUAUAGGAAGCAAAAAAGGCAUGUUCCCAAUCCAAAAAUGUUGCGGCAAGGUAAACUAAAAGACAAAACACUAUUCUGGAUAUAAAAUCAAGCUCAUCAGACAAAUUAUCAUUCUCGACAAAGUCAGGUGAAGCAUUAUGACGGCAACCAGCUAAAUGUCUUCAUAAGAAUUCAAACUAUUAAAGAAUAGGCCAACAACAACUAAAAGUGUCCCUUAUGGGCACAAAAACAAUCAGGAAUUAGCUCAGGUUAAGCAUAAAUAUAAACAUCAUCUCUGUGUAUCAUAUUAGAACAAUAACACUACCCACGAAUCAACCUCCAAACUAUGGAAUACUAACAGGAAAAAAAAAAAAAACAUAAUAUCGAUCAUGAAAAAGACUUCUAGACAGGCUGAUCAACAAAAUCAACAAAUCAACUCAAAUUCGGCAAUCCUAGAUUAAAAAUAACCAAGAAAUCCUAAAUUAAGGAAAAAGGUAUACAUCGACCUAAGUAACGUACCUCAUCGUAUUCUUUCUUCUCAACCUUUGGUGCCUUCAAAGGCUUAGCUUUACCACCUGCAAGAAGAACACAGAAAGCACGCGAAAUAAGAACAAAAAGGGAGAAAUUUCCAGCUCUCUUACCUCAAAUUAUUCGAUAAUCAAAACAACAAAUUAAGAGAAGAUAAUAACAAGAUCGAUGGGAAAAAGAUCAAUAACCUUGCUUGGUAGACAUGGCUGAAAUCUAGGGCUAGGUUCAAUUUCUCGAAUAAAAAGGAAAAGUAGAUGAAAUUCAGCAGAGAAGCCCUAGCCCAAUCAAUAAUUUUGCUGGUGUUAGAACAAAGAACAUUCUGGUAGACUUUAUAUAUACGCACACCCGAAAAUAAUUGGAAUAAAAAAUAAAAAAAAAUUGACCGACCAGGUGACGAAUUACAUUUCUGCCCAGACAUUAUGAUCUUGGGCCAAUCUUCCCUCUUAUGGAUGGAUCAUUGGUUUUGUUUUUCCGGCCCAAUCCACCAAUCAGCACAAAACAAGUAAAAAAAUUAAUCGAAUAUUAUUCACAUUCUGGCGUACAAAAAAUACUCACAAAACAAGCAUUAUGUUGAAAAAAUUAAAAUAAUAACUCUAGCAAAAAAAAAAAAAUAGCAUAAUAAUCUGCAAAUAAUGUCUGGAAAUAGAACUAAGAAGCCCACCUCGUUUCUUCUGUAGAUUGAGAAUAUGCUGCAUCAUUAAGUUGUUUAACCAUUUUCUGUAAAUCGUAAAAUUCAUCAUCAGAACUUGACCAUGAUGACGAAGAAGAAGAAGAAGAAGAAGAAGAUGAUGAAAAUGCUGACUUGGUUAGGACUUCGGAUGUUUGAAGGACCUGCAUUGUCAUUAUCCAUAGUAAUGAAAAUUUUAGAGUUUAUUAUUUUUCUAGACUCUUUAGUAAGCAAUGAUGGAUAUUUUACUUGUAG